AUGUUUCUUGAAUGCCGGAAGAAACUUCAUCCCAAUGGAAGUAUGGUGCAGACUAUUCCAAAGAUCAUUCGCGUUUCAUCUACUGAGGACUCGUGUCCCACCAGGAAUGAUAACUCACAAACCUUUGGUCACCGAGUUUGUAGAUUUCCAGAUUGUGAUGAAGAUCUCUGUGAAAACGGCUGGUGUUUGGAGACUAUGAAAAGUUACAAAUGCAUCUGCUUUGCUGGAUUUCAAGGACCCCUCUGCAAUGAACCUGCAGAAUCACUAUUGACUGACGAAAUGAUGAUGACAAAGACGGGAGAAACGAGCACAGCAGACCUGGUGACCACUGAUACGCCCUCAAGGACAACACAUCUAGCGGAAUCCCUUGAAAGUCCAUCCGGUUGUAUAGAAUAUUUAUGUGAGAACGGCUGGUGUUUGGAGACUAUGGAGAGCUACAAAUGUUACUGUUUUGCUGGAUUCCACGGGACCCAUUGCAAUGAACGUACAGCAGAUAAUUCGAGCUGUCAAGAUAUUUUCGGAUGGUAUGAAGGCAAUCUUUAUUGUUACUUUGAUGAGAGAGUCAACUUUUCUCGAGCACUGACGAACUGUCGGAACAUCAACUGGAAAGAUCAGGAAGACGAUCAUUCUCCUGGUUUUUCCGAUCUAGUGUCCAUUCACAGUGAUGGGGAGACGAACAUUAUUUUGGACUUGUGCAAAGGAAAAGUAAGUACAAUACGCCCCUGA